GGGUCGGACGGUAUAUUAAUGGCUGCGUAGUUUAUUUAUUAUUUACAAAAAAAACUGCAUUAAAAAAAAAAAUGCAGAGCCAGCAAAUUGCACUAGUGAUAGUUUUUCUCGGCUGCCUUCUCGUGGCCCCACUGAGUGCCCACGACGACAUAUCGGAUUCCGAUGAAUCAACCUCCGGUGUUGUGGAAAGGCAGCCACAAAGGCAAACGCUGCCCGACAAUGGCAGUGACAGUGACGAUGGCGAUGGCGAUGACGAUGACGACUCCUUGUAUCCCUUCGAUGUCUCCGGACUGUUAGACGAUCCAACGCGGGCGAUGGAGAGGCAUCAGCGCGUCCACGACCACAACUGGGAUGUGCUGAUCUUCACGCAGCAAUGGCCGGUGACCACCUGCUAUCACUGGCGCGAGGACAACCCAUCGCAGGAGUGCUCGCUGCCGCAGAAGAAGGAGUUCUGGACCAUACACGGCAUCUGGCCCACCAAGCUGGGCUCCCUGGGGCCCUCGUUCUGCAACAAGUCGGCGGAGUUCGAUGUGGACAAGCUGGAUGGGAUAUCGAAUCGGCUGGAGACCUUCUGGCCGGACCUGAAGGGGGCCACGUCGCAGGAGUGGCUGUGGAAGCACGAGUGGCAAAAGCACGGCACCUGCGCCAUGCUCAUCGAGGAGCUGGACGACGAGCUCAAGUACUUUGCGCAGGGCCUCAGCUGGCGGGAGCAGUACAUCAUGUCGCGCAUCCUGGACGCCUCGGACAUCCACCCCGACUCGAACAACACGGUCACGGCCAUCAACAAUGCCAUCGUGAAGGCGCUCGGCAAGAAUCCCUCCAUCCACUGCCUCUUCGAUACGAAGCACGAGAUUAGCUAUCUCUCGGAGAUCCGCAUCUGCUUCAACAAGUCCCUCGAGCUGAUCGACUGUGACGGGGUCAAGCUGGGCGAUGCCGUCUCCAUCAAGUAUCCGGGUGGCAAUGUGACCACCAAUUGCCACAUCAGCAGCCUGGUCCACUACCCCAGUCUGGUGCCGCCGCUCCAGCGCAAGCGUGAAUGGAAGUUCCCGCUGGUGAACGUAUACAAGCUGCUCCAGUUUCUUAUGUGGUUCACCCUGUAAUGAACCGUGGAUUGAAAGUUGAUUGGAAGAAAUGAUCUUAUAUUUUGUAUAGACUUAGUUUUUGGGAUUGCACUCCCUUUGGGAAGACGAAGGGGCGCGCCUUAGGAGGACUUGUUGACUCCUAUUAGUUUUCUCACUACACCCUUACACCCUCUCCUGACACUACUCUCCUCCCGGUGGAGGAGUCUGCACUGCGGCGAGGCGUAACCCGAAAUCCAAGUGGUAUUUAUUGUGUAUAGAAGGAAAUACAUAUAUAGCAAAUCAUCAAAUUAAGGGAAUUUUUCCUUUU